CUCGAGCCCGGCUCCCUCUCGCGCGUCAGAUGCAGUGCGCGCAGCCAGCAGCAGGUUCGGGGUUUUUGUAAUGAAUUAAUGUAUGAAUUUAUUGGAAGGUUUGAGCUGCGGAACUGAAGGAAGUGAAGGAAGUGAAGGAAGUGAGCGGAAGUGAAGGAAGUGAAGGAAGUGAGGUCCCGGCGCGAUGUGUGAGUUUAUUCUAGCGGUUGUGACUCUAACAGGAUUAUUCGCUGCCGGGGAGAUGGCUUCGCGGGUCGGAGCUGAUGGAGUGUGUGAUGAUGGAGAGUUUCUGUGUGCAGACGGACGAGUGUGUGUGACAGAGAACUGGCUGUGUGAUGGCGAAGCAGAUUGUCCAGAUUCUUCAGAUGAGACGACGUUUCGCUGCUCUCAGGUCGAGGUGUCCUGUCCUCUGAACCACAUGCGGUGUGUGGGUACGGGGGUGUGUGUGUCGUUCGCUCAGGUGUGUGAUGGUGUGACAGACUGUGAAGACGGAGAUGACGAGGGCGUCCACUGCAGAGAGCUGCUGCACAGCUGUAGAGAGCUGCAGUGUGAGUUUGGGUGUGUGAGGAUGAAGACUGGUGCUGUGUGUUACUGUGCAGACGGACUGGAACUGGAAGACAACGGGAGGACGUGCAGAGAUCGUGAUGAGUGUGUGGAUUACGGUGUGUGUAGUCAGACGUGCAUGAACACACCGGGCUCGUAUCGAUGCGACUGUGUGGACGGUUUCAGUCUCCAGGCAAACAGACGCUCCUGUAAAGCCAAAACCGAUCCCGGAGAUGAGCCGCCUCUGCUACUCACAGCGAGCGUUAAUGCUGUAUUUUUAACACACCUGAACGGAUCAGUGGUGUCGAAUGUGACACACACACCCUCAGGUGAAAUUCAGACGCUGGACUUUGUUCACGUAGACGCAGCGGUGUGCUGGAUCUCGCCCGGUCAGCUGUGGUGCGCUGAAAUGACCAAACUUAGUAAAGGAAUGAUGGAGAAACGACAAAUAAGGAUCUCUCAGAACCUGCAGAAUGUGGAACAUAUGGCCAUCGACUGGCUGACUGGAAACUUCUACUUUGUGGACCGAGUGAGCGACCGGAUAUUUGCGUGCGCUGAGAAGGUGGACGCGUGUGUGACGAUAAUAGAGCUGGACAUUCACAACCCCAGAGGAAUCGCACUGGAUCCGAUAAUGGGGAAGCUGUUCUUCUCUGAUUACGGGAGCGUGGCCAAGCUGGAGCGCUGCGAUCUGGACGGAUCCGAGCGGAGCCGGGUCGUGGAAACCGGGACGGAGCAGCCCACUGCGCUGACCCUUGACCUCGUUAAGAAGCUUGUUUACUGGGCUGACGUCUACCUGGAUUUUAUUGCGGUUGUGGAUUACGAUGGUAGAAACAGACACACGAUCAUUAGGGGAAAUUCGGUGUCACACCUGCACGGAUUAGCGCUCUUUGAAGACUUCCUGUUUGCAGCGUGUUCUGAACCCUCCAGAGGAAGUGCGGUGGACGUUUUGAGGAUAAACCGUUUUAACGGCACUGACACACACACUCUCAUCACGCUUCAGAGUCUGAAAGAAGUGAGAGUUUAUCACAAACUCACUCAACCCGCAGUGAAAACACACGCGUGUGAGACGGAUCAACACGGCAGAAGAGGAGGAUGUGCGCACGUGUGUCUCCUGGGAAACGGCUAUAAAUCACGUGUGUGUCGCUGCCGCACCGGAUACCUGCUCUUGGACGACACCACGUCCUGCAGAAAGGCGCAGGACGAGCCGUUUGUGAUGUACAGUAAAGGUCGUCCCGGGGUCAUCCGCAGUUUCGGGAUUGAUGGGAAGUCACGUGACGAGCGGAUGAUUCAGAUCGAAGGAUUAGCGAACCCACGUGUCCUGGACUUCCACGCUGCACACGGCUACGUGUAUUUCGCCGACUCGACCGACUUCCUGAUUGGACGACAGAAACUGGACGGGACCGGACGGGAAACUGUCUUUAAAGAUGGUGUGUAUCAUGUAGAGGGGAUGUCCGUGGACUGGUUGGGUAAUAAUCUGUACUGGACGAGUUUUGGACACAGGAAGUCCAUCAGCGUGGUGUGUGUGGAGCGAGGGAUGGAGAGCAGGAGAACUCUGCUGGAUGGAGGGAUGUUUCACCCCAGAGCCAUCGCCGUCGACCCCAUCGGAGGCUGGAUGUACUGGACAGACUGGGAAGAGGACGAGAUGAACGACAGCAGAGGGAGGAUAGAGAAAGCGUGGAUGGACGGAUCUCAUCGGCAGGUUUUCGUCUCUUCUGAUGUGCUCUGGCCGAACGGUUUGACUGUCGAUCGCUCCACGGAGACGGUGUACUGGUGUGACGCGUUUCACCGCCGCAUCGAGAAAGUCCACUUUAACGGCACGCUCAGAACCGUGCUGUAUUUGGGAACGGAGCUGGAUCACCCGUUCGGAAUCUCACACUAUGACAGUUACAUUUUCUGGAUGGAUUACGUGAACGCCUCGAUCUUCCGGCUGGAUGUUUCGUCUGGUGACGUCUCCCGGUUGAGGCAGGAAACGCCGCCGCUGUUCGGACUCCAGGUUUACGAUCCACAGAAACAGAAAGGUAAUAAUGCGUGUGUGUUGCAGCGUGGUGGUUGCGGCGUAUCCGCUCUGUGUCUCGCUGUACCUGGUGGCCGUGUGUGUGCGUGUGCAGACAACCAACACCUGCUUAAAGACAACCUCACCUGCUCAGCCUCAGCAGUGUUAUCAGACUGGAAGCAGUGCGGUCCUGAUGAGUUUCGGUGCAGAAAUCAGCGCUGUAUUCAGCUCAUGUGGCGCUGUGACGGUGAUGAUGACUGCUCGGACGGAAGUGAUGAAGAACCCCAACUCUGCUCGAAUCGCAGCUGCCCUCUGGAUCAGUUUAAAUGCCAGAACAGCCGCUGCAUCCCUAAAAAGUGGCUGUGUGACGGAGCUGACGACUGCGGCACCAACGACGACGAGUCCGACCUCACGUGCGCAGCUCAGACGUGCCAGCCCGGGCAAUUUUCCUGCCAAAAUGGCCGCUGCAUCCCAGAACACUGGCGUUGCGAUCGGGACAAUGAUUGCGGUGACGAAUCAGACGAGCCUUUGUGGUGCAGCUUCCCCUCGUGUUCUCCUCUUACAGAGUUCAGCUGCUCCAAUGGCAGGUGCAUUAACAGCAAAUGGCGCUGUGACUCAGAGGACGACUGUGGAGACGGCAGUGAUGAGCUGGAGUGUGUGCGUGUGUGUUCAGUCGGUCAGUUUCAGUGCUCCAAUGGGAAGUGUGUGCCGGAGCACUGGGUGUGUGAUGGAGAUGACGACUGCGGAGAUCAGAGUGACGAACACACAACGUGUACAGCGAUGGCCUCCGUUAGUGAAUGCAGUGAGGCGGAGUUCCGUUGCCGUGGUGACGGGUCCUGUGUCCCACGGCGAUGGCGUUGUGAUGGCGACGCUGACUGUGAGGACGGGAGUGAUGAGGUCAUGUGUGAUGGAGUGCGGAGAGUGUGUGACCCCAAAGCAAAGUUCACCUGUAAGAGCUCAGGAAAGUGUAUCUCUAAGAGCUGGGUGUGUGAUGGUGAUCAGGACUGUAAGGAUCGCUCUGAUGAGGAAGGGUGUGUGACGUCGGUGUGUAAGCCUCCCUCGUUCCCCUGCGCUAACGACACGUCCGUGUGUUUACCUCCGGAGCGGAUCUGUGACGGACACGCCGACUGCACCGACCAAUCAGACGAGGGCUCCUACUGCGAUCAGUGUGUGGUGGCUAACGGUGGUUGUAGUCACGGCUGUGUUGUAGCUCCAGGUAAAGGUGCAGUGUGUGUGUGUCCUGCCGGUUUGUAUCUCGGCUCUGACGGACGCAGCUGUGAAUCGCGGGACGUCUGCGCUACACACACACGCUGCAGCCAAGUGUGUGAGCAACACACACACUCCAUCACAUGCUCCUGUUACCCUGGGUGGAGGCUGGAGGCAGAUGGAGAGAGCUGUCAGAGCACGGAUCCAUUCGAGCCGUUUGUGAUUUUCUCAAUUCGGCAUGAAAUUCGGCGCAUCGACCUGAAGACGGGAGACUACAGUCUGUUAGUCCCGGCUCUGAGGAACACCAUCGCUCUGGAUUUCCAUUUCAGUCAGAGACUGCUCUACUGGACUGAUGUGGUAGAGGAUCAGAUUUACCGCGGCAAGAUCUCCGACAGCGGCGGUGUUUCCGGGAUCGAGGUGGUGGUUCAGCACGGACUGGCGACUCCUGAAGGUCUGGCUGUUGACUGGAUCGCAGGAAACCUGUACUGGAUCGACAGUAACCUGGAUCAGAUCGAGGUGUCCAGGCUGAACGGAGAGAUGCGCACUACGCUGAUCGCAGGAGGAAUGGAGCAUCCUCGCGCCAUCGCUGUCGAUCCAGGACAAGGAGCUCUGUUCUGGACGGAUUGGGACGCCAUGUUUCCUCGGAUCGAGGGAGCGUCAAUGAGUGGCUCCGCCCGCCGUGUGGUGUAUGAGGACAUGGAGGUGGGGGCGUGGCCUAACGGGCUCGCACUUGAUCAUCUGGAGAGGAGGAUUGUGUGGACAGAUGCCAGAUCUGAUGCUAUUUAUUCCUCACUCUAUGAUGGAACCGGUUUGAUCGAGAUCCUGCGUGGUCACGAGUUCCUGUCUCACCCCUUCGCCGUGUCGCUAUACGGCGGGAGUGUGUUCUGGACCGACUGGAGGACAAACACACUGACAAAAGCCAGUAAAUGGACCGGCGCCAACGUCACGGUGAUACAAAAGACCAGCGCUCAGCCUUUCGACCUCGAGAUCUUCCACCCGAGCCGCCAGCCUCAGACUCCUAACCCGUGUGAGAGUAAUGGAGGACGAGGUCUCUGCUCUCAUCUUUGUCUCAUCAACUAUAAUGGCUCUGCUUCCUGUGCCUGUCCUUACCUGAUGAAGCUUUCUCCAAACAAUUAUACCUGCCAAGUUGUGAAAAGGUUUCUGCUGUAUGCACGGAGAUCAGAAAUCCGAGGAGUCGACAUCGACAAUCCCUACAUCAACAUCAUCACCGCGGUAACGGUGCCGGACAUCAAUGACGUCACAGCCGUGGAUUACGAUGCGACUGACGAGAGGAUUUACUGGGCUGAUGUUAAAACUCGCACAAUAAAACGGGCGUCGAUUAACGGGACUAAGCUUGAAGCAAUCAUAUCUGGAGAUUUGCUGAAUGUUCGAGGUGUAUCUGUGGACUGGUUGUCCAGGAACCUGUACUGGAUGAGCUCAGACGGCGACGAGACUCAAAUUAACGUCGCUCGUCUAGACGGGUCGCUCAGAACCACCGUCGUCCACGGCAUCGACAAGCCAAAGUGCCUGGUCCUGCAUCCGGCUAAAGGGAAAAUGUACUGGACGGAUGCAAACACCAUAAACGUGGCCAACAUGGACGGCAGCAACAGCAAGAUCCUGCAUCAGAACCAGAAGGAGCCAGUCGGUCUGUCUAUAGACUUCUCCUCUAGCAAACUCUACUGGAUCAACUCAGGAAACGGGACCAUUAAUAGAUGUAGCCUGGAUGGGAGUGGCCUGGAGGUGAUUGACAGCUUAAAGAAGGAGCUGAUGAAGGCGACAGCACUAGCGGUUAUGGGAAGUAAAUUGUGGUGGGCGGAUGACGUUUUGGCUCAGAUCGGCACGAUAAGAAAGAAGGACGGACAGAACAUGGCGGUUCUGCGGAUCAAAACCUCAGGAGUGGUUCAGAUCAGAGUUUACGACAAAGAUGGCCAAAAAGGUAAAAAUGUGUGUGUGCUGAAUAACGGCGGAUGUUCUCAGCUCUGCCUGCCCACCUCAGAACACACUCGUACCUGCUUGUGUACGACAGGUUACAGUCUCGCGGCGGAUCGCUCCACCUGCCGAGGAGUGGAAUCAUUCCUAAUUUAUUCCUCUCAUGAUGGGAUCCGGGGCGUGUCCUUGGACCCCAGUGAUCAUUCAGACACGUUAAUUCCCAUAUCGGGAACGCUGUUAGCGGCCGGCCUGGACUUCCACGCUGGAAAUGACACGUUGUACUGGUCUGACCUGGGAUCCAAUAAAAUCUCCCGAGCUGCUCGAGAUCAGACGUGGAGGGAGGACGUGAUAAACACCGGCAUCGUCCGAGCCGAGGGAGUCGCAGUGGACUGGAUCACAGGGAACGUUUACUGGACGGAUCACGGCUCUGAUCUUAUCGAGGUGUCUCGGCUGAACACUGUGUAUCGGGCCGUGAUCGUCUCUGAAGGACUCGAUCAGCCUCGAGCCAUCGCCGUGCAGCCGCUGGAAGGCUUCCUGGUUUGGACAGAAUCGGGACAGUCCCCUAAAAUCAGCAGAUCUCGCCUGGAUGGAUCGGAGCGGACGCUCCUCGUUAACUCUGAGCUAAUCUGGCCGAGCGGCGUCGCCAUAGACUAUCAGGAAAAUAAAUUAUACUGGUGCGACGCGCAUACACACAGGAUCGAGAGAAUCAACCUGGACAGCGGCAAGGAGCGAGAGAUUAUUCUGAAAGACAGCAGUGCUGAUCUUUUUUCCAUCGCUGUGUACGGAUCUUACCUCUACUGGUCUGACAGGUCCUACUCUAACGGCUCGAUUCGACGCGGCUCUAAAAACGAUGCCUCGAACGCCGUGACGCUGCGGAGCAGUCUGGGGAAAAGCCUGAGAGAUGUGAAGGUGUUCAACCGGCAGCGGGAGAAAGGUGUGAAUGAGUGUGGCCACAGUAACGGAGGCUGUGAGCAGCUCUGUUUCUACCUGGGGCGUAACAGGAAGUCGUGCUCCUGCGCUCAGGGUUACUUGGCGCCAGACGGCGUGUCGUGUCGUGUGUAUGAAGUUUACCUGCUGUAUUCCGAGAGAACGGCGUUGAGGAGCGUUCACAUCUCAGACCUGGGAAAUCAAACGCACGACGCACCCGUCCCGUCGUACCAGCACCCCGAGUAUUUCAAAAACAUCAUCGCUCUGGCCUUCGAUUACCGACAGCCGAGAAACCGCAUCUUCUUCAGCGACGGCCAUUACGGCAACAUACAAGUGAUUAAUGACGACUGGACGGGACGACGCGUGCUCGCCGAGAACGUGGGCUCAGUGGAGGGUUUGGCGUAUCACCGUGGUUGGGACGUGUUGUACUGGACGAGCUCCACUGCAUCUACGAUCACGCGACACUCACUGGACCAGAACCGAGCCGGAGCCUGGAACCGAGACACGGUGGUGCAGAUGGACAGAGACGAUCAUCCUCACGACCUCGCGCUGGACGAGUGUCAGAAUCUGAUGUUCUGGACUAACUGGAGUGAGAGGAAGGCGAGUAUCGUGAGGUCGUCGGUGUGGGGUCGGAGUGUGCGGCUGAUCGUCAGUGAGGGACUGGUGACUCCGAGCGCUCUGACACUCGACCCUCGAGCGGAGAAACUCUACUUCUCUGACAGCAGCGUGGGUUCUGUGGAGAGAUGUGAAUACGACGGUUCUCUCAGACACGUGGUGAUAAAGGCGAGCUCCGGCUCCGGCUCCGGCUCCGGCUCCGGCUUGGUGCUGUACAGAGACUUCCUGUUCUGGUUGGAUUGGGAACGCCGGGCCGUGAUGCGUGCCGAUAAACUCACAGGAGACAACAUCACCGUCAUCAGAGACCAGAUUUCCCAGCAGCCCGCGGGCAUCGCCGCUGUGGCUAACGACACACACCGCUGUGAGCUGUCUCUGUGUAAUGUGAAUAAUGGAGGCUGCAGUGACCUUUGCCUUCUGACCCCGAACGCCACCGUGACCUGCGCAUGUCGAGGAGAGAGAAAACUACUCCAUGAUAACAGAUGUGUAUUGCUGAACUCCUCCUGUAACACACACUCCGAGUUUCAGUGCGCUAACGGAGAGUGUAUCGACUACGAGCUGGCGUGUGACGGCUUCGCUCACUGCAAGGACAAAUCUGAUGAGAAGAGACAGUACUGCGAGAAGCGUGAUUGUAGAGGAGGUUAUAAACUCUGUAAUAAUCAGCGCUGUGUAGUGAACACUCGUUUCUGUGAUGGAGUGAAUGACUGUGGGGAUAACUCGGACGAAGCCUACUGCAACAACGUGUGCUCGUCUUCAGAGCGGCGCUGUGCAGACGGAUCGUGUGUAUCGCAGACGUCCUGGUGUGAUCAGAUCAUCGACUGCGCAGACGCCUCAGACGAGAAGAACUGCAGUAGUGUAGACUGUGUUGAUUACCACCGGUUGGGGGUGCGAGUGUAUGACGGCGUGUUCCUCAGGUGUAACUCCACGUCUCUGUGUGUUCUCUCGCACUGGGUGUGUGACGGAGCGGAUGACUGCGGCGAUUACUCGGAUGAAACACACUGCCACGCCGCAGCAGGUCAGGUGUGUGCAGACGGGCUGUUCUCGUGUCCGAGUGGAAGCUGCAUCUCUACCGCAUGGCUGUGUGAUGGACAGAAAGACUGUAAGGAAGGAGAGGACGAGCUGCACUGUGAUUCAUCCUGUGCGUUUGAUCAGUUCUCGUGCUCCAUGAGCAGAUGUGUGUCUCAUCAGUGGCUGUGUGACGGAGAGGACGACUGCGGUGACGGAGCUGAUGAAAACCCUGAGCUCUGUGGUUCAGUGUCGUGUGCCCCCAGUGCCUUUCGCUGUCCCGAGUCGUAUGUGUGUGUGUCGAGACGAUGGGUGUGUGAUGGAGAGAGAGACUGUCCGGAUGGUAGUGAUGAACUCGCAACAGCCGGCUGUGCUCUGAAUCUCACAUGCUCUGAUGAGGCGUUUCGGUGUAGUAAUGGAGACUGCAUCCCGCAGCGUUUUGUGUGUGACCGUGAUGAUGACUGCGGUGACGGAUCUGAUGAGUCGCUCCAGUGCAAUUAUCAUGCCUGUGGGAAGGCGGAGUUUCAGUGCUCAGAUGGGCGGUGCUUACCCAGUGUCCAAUGGGAAUGCGACGGUUUCCCAGACUGUCUCGACCAAUCAGACGAAGCGCCACUGAACCCGAAGUGUUCAGCUGCAGAAAGUUUGUGCAACGGCUCGUUUUUCAUGUGCGCUAACGGCCGCUGUGUCCCGCUGCUGAGCGUGUGCAAUCUCCACGACGACUGCGGCGACCAAUCAGACGAGAGGAACUGCAACGUUAACGAGUGUUUAAACCGGCGAGUCAGUCAGUGCACACAGGACUGUCACGACCUGCCUGUGGGCUACAAGUGUGUAUGCUGGCCUGGUUUCCGUCUGAAGACAGACGGAUGGACGUGUGUGGACGUUAACGAGUGUGUGGAGAGAUUCCCGUGCAGCCAGCACUGCAUGAACACGUACGGCUCGUACAAGUGUGUGUGUGCGGACGGAUACAAACCUCUGGACACAGAUGCACACAGCUGCAGAGCUGUCUCAGCAGAAGAGCCCUUUCUGAUUCUGGCCGAUCAUCAUGAGAUCAGACGGAUCAGUCUGGACAGCUCGAACUACACGCUGCUGAAACAGGGUCUCAGUAAUGUUCUCUCGUUGGACUUUGACUACAGAAGGGAUUUGAUGUUUUGGAUUGACAGCAGCCGGCCAAGCGGACGCAGGAUCAACAGGAUGCGCAUAAAUGGGAGCGAUCUCAAGGUGAUCCACAGGACCUCAGUGCCGAACGCCCUGGCAGUCGACUGGAUCGGAAAAAACCUGUACUGGUGCGAUGCUGAAAGAAAAACCCUGGAGGUAGCGAAGGCUAACGGACUUUACCCAACCAUCCUGAUGAGCGCCGGACUUCAGAACCCUUCUUCUCUCACACUGGACCCUUUAACUGGGUAUGUUUUUUGGAUCGACUGCUGUGAGCAUCCACACAUCGGCCGGAUGGGAAUGGACGGCAGCAAUCCCCGCGUGAUUAUCCACACAGAUACACCCGCUCCGUCAGCGCUCACUAUCGACUACGUCAACAGCAGGAUCUACUGGGCAGACGGGAACCACAUCCUGUUCUCCGACAUGGACGGCUCCAAGACACACAGAGUGCCUAACGAGGACAUGGGCGAGGUGACGAGUCUCACCCUGUUUGAGGAUUUUCUCUACUGGAGCGAUCAGAAGAGGAGAACGCUGAAUCGAGCUCAUAAAACCUCCGGAGAGAGGCGUGUGGAACUGCUCAGCUCUUGGCAAACCAUCCGUGACAUUAAAAUUUAUCAUCCACUACGCCAACCAGACGUUGUGAAGCAUCAAUGUCAGGUGAAUAACGGAGGCUGCAGUCACCUGUGUCUGUUGUCUCCGGGCGGAGCCUACAGGUGUGCAUGCCCCACCCACUUUUACCUGGCCAAUGACAGCAAGACCUGCCUUUCCAACUGCACCUCCAGCCAGUUUCGCUGCGGUACAGACGAGUGUAUUCCGUUCUGGUGGAAGUGUGACACGGUGGACGACUGCGGUGACGGUUCAGAUGAACCUGCAGACUGUCCGGAGUUUAAGUGCCAGCCGGGUCGGUUCCAGUGUGGCUCGGGUCUCUGCGCUCUCCCUCCUUUCAUCUGCGACGGAGAGAACGACUGCGGCGACAACUCUGACGAAGCGAACUGUGAAUCGUAUAUCUGUCUAUCAGGACAGUUCAAAUGCACUGGGACUCAUAAGUGUAUCCCAGUUAACCUGCGCUGUAACGGGCAGGACGACUGUGGCGAUGGAGAGGACGAACACGACUGCCCUGAAAACACAUGCUCGCCCACACACUUCCAGUGUAAGACCACCAUGCACUGCAUCUCCAAGCUGUGGGUGUGUGACGAGGACCCGGACUGCGCCGACGGAUCAGACGAGGCCGAUUGUGAUGAGAAGACGUGUGGGCCACACGAGUUCCGCUGUAGGAAUAAUAACUGCAUCCCGGAUCACUGGAGGUGCGACGGCCAGAGCGACUGUGGAGACAGUUCAGACGAGGAGAACUGCAAGCCGUUAACAUGCAGCUCGAAGGAUUUUGUGUGUGCUAACGGAGAGUGUGUGUCCGCACGCUUCCGCUGCGACGGAGACUUCGACUGCACCGAUAACUCUGAUGAGAGGGGCUGCGAGAGCCGCUGUGCUGAUGGUCAGUAUCAGUGUGAGAAUCGGCUGUGUAUCUCGGUUAAGUGGGUGUGUGACGGACAGGAAGACUGUAAGAACGGAGAGGAUGAGCUCAACUGCAAACCAGCGAACACUGCUGUGACUGCUGGAGCGUCCUGCAGUAAGAGCGAGUAUGUGUGUGCAGGAGGAGGCUGUGUGUCGGCGACUUCACGCUGUGAUGGGAAGAGCGACUGUGCAGAUGGAUCUGAUGAAGUGGACUGCACUCGGGAGUGUAAUCAGGACGAGUUUGUGUGUCGUAACCGCGCUCACUGUGUUCCUGCUGCGUGGCGAUGUGACGGUGUUUUCGACUGUUUGGACCACAGCGAUGAAGAAAACUGCACACGCGGAGCGGUGACGUGUCGUCCUGACGAGUUCGUCUGCAAUAACACACUGUGUAAGCUGCGUGUGUGUCUGUGUGACGGUGAGGACGACUGCGGGGACAACUCGGACGAAGAUCCUGACAUGUGUGUGAAGUUCCCGUGUCCUGAGACGAGACCUUUCCGCUGCAGGAAUGACAGAGUGUGUGUGCACACGGAGCAGGUGUGUAACGGAGUGAACGACUGUGGGGAUAACUCUGACGAAGAGGAGUGUGUGGAUGUGGGCGGAGUCAGUGUGUGUGGGAAGGCGGAGUUUGCGUGUGUGAACGGUCGCUGUAUCUCGGCCGAGCUGCAGUGUGACCUGUUUGACGAUUGUGGAGACGGAGGAUCGGACGAGCACGACUGUAAACCAUUGGAAGCAGGCUGUACAGGAAGUGUGUGUGGUGAUGAUGCUUUCUGCAAUCAGACAGCAGGGCGAGCGGUGUGUCAGUGCAGAGCGGGCUUCAGGAGAGACCAGCGGAGUAAACAGUGUGAAGAGGUAAAUGAGUGUGUGUUGUUCGGGACGUGUUCUCAGUACUGCUCUAACACUAAAGGAUCGUAUAAGUGCAGCUGCCACAGGAACUUUAAAGAGAUUAACGGCGAGUGCAUCACUAAAGGGCCGGAUGAUCAGGUGCUUUAUGUAGCAAACGACUCGGAGAUCCACAGAUUUGUGUAUCCGUUUAACAGAACGCACACACACACGCUUUUCGCCCGCUUUACUCAGAACACACACGUCGUCAGCAUGGACGCACUUUUCCACCGCCACAAGUUCAUCUGGGCCACUCAGUUUAACCCCGGGGGCAUUUUCCACCGAGACCUGGGGGACAGAAUUACCAGCCGGAGCCACGGCGGAACUGUAUGUCCAGGUUUCCGGCGUCCGGUUGAUCUGUCAGCUGAUUGGGUGACGGGGUCUCUGUACUGGAUCGAUUACUCUCCCCUCAUCCCCCCGUCUGCUCCGCCCUCGCUGCAUCACUCCAUCAAUGUGGGGAAAAUCGGAGGGGAAAACUGCACACGGCUCAUCACUGACCUGCAGGGGGAGCCGUUCUCCGUCACUGUUAACCCCGCCCGAGGGAUGAUGUACUGGUCUGUGAUUGGUGAUCGCUCUCACAUCGAGGAGUCAGCGAUGGACGGAUCACUGAGGCGCGUUUUAUUAGAGAAGAACCUGCGCCGUCCUACAGGUUUGGCGAUUGAUUAUUACGGUGAAAGAGUGUACUGGGCCGACUCUGAGCUCUCCGUCAUCGGCAGCAUAAGAUUCGACGGAUCAGACGCUCAUGUGGCCGCCACCAUCCAACACGGCGUGUCUCAGCCGUUCCGUAUCGACGUGUUUGAGGAUUAUGUUUACGCCACUGCGCUGAAUCACCGCGUGUUCCGUGUGCACAAAUACGGCAGACAGCGCGCCGUCACGCUCCAGCUGCCUGUGCAGAGAGCCUCCAGUGUGCUGGUGUUUCACCGAUAUAAACAACAGGACGUGUUAAACCCGUGUGUGAGGAUGAACUGUGAAUUUUUGUGUCUGUUGAACCCGAGCGGGGCGAGGUGUGUGUGUCCCGAGGGGAAAUCGCUCAUCAACAGGACGUGUGUGGACACCAGCAGCAGAGGUGGUAUAUGUCUGGCGGUGUGUGUGAAUGGGGGACGGUGUGUGUUGAAUGAGAGAGGACAGGCACGGUGUGUGUGCAGGUCAGGGUUCUCAGGGGAUCAGUGUGAAAUCGACCACUGCGCUGGACACUGUCGAAACGGAGCGUCCUGUUUUACUACUGUAACAGGAAGGCGUGUGUGUCGGUGUGUGUUGGGGUUCUCAGGCGUGGUGUGUGAAAGGAGCGUGUGCAAUGGAUUCUGUCUGAAUGGUGGAUCGUGUGGCGUUACCGCGGGCAACCAGCCGUUCUGCCUCUGCAGUGCUGAAUACACUGGAGAACGCUGCUCUCACCAUAUCUGUCAGCAUUACUGUGUGAACUGGAAGGAGUGUUCCGUGCUGAGCCCGGGCCGUGUGGACUGUGUGUGUCCGGAGCGUUAUGAGGGUGUGAGGUGUGAGACAGACCGCUGUGUCCACUGCAGGGACGCGCCAUGUUUCAUACACAACGCCACCGGAGACGUCUUCUGCAACUGCACUAGUGGGAAGAUUGCAUCAAGUUGUCAUGUGUGUGACGGUUAUUGCUAUAAUGGAGGAACCUGUCACCUCGACUCUGAGACAUCUCUACCCUUCUGCCAGUGCUCGGUGAACUGGACCGGCACGCAGUGUGAGAAACCUACAACCAACAACAGCAGGAGCGACAUCGUCAGUGGGAGGAGCAUCGGGAUCAUCGUCCCUCUGGUUCUGCUGGUGUUGAUCAUUGGCGCAGUAACAGUGGGUCUCCUCAUCUGUAAACGACACCAAAGAGGGAAGCGUGUUCAGAGGCAGCCGAUGGCUAACGGAGGCCUGAACGUGGAGAUCGGAAACCCAUCAUACAACAUGUAUGAACUGGAACACGACAGUCACGUGGACGUGGGAGAAAUCCUGCACCCCAACUUCACCCUGCACCCCCAAAAGGGCUGGUGUGUGAGGUCCAGUGAGCCUCGACUUCAACCCACACACACUCCGCCAUCACGGACUCUCCCUGUGCACCCUGUCCCCAUGUCUUUUAUUCCAGGACAGUCAUGCACUGAGUCAGUCCAUCGCUCCGUGUAUAACCGGGCGGUGAACUUCUCCAGCAGAGCGUACACAGCCGAGCGUCAGAGCCAUAAACCCGUCGUUAGACUGAGCGAGAGGAGAGACGUUUAUCCCAAAAGACUGGAGGGGGCGAUACGCGAAACAGCCGCCUGAAACUAGCUUUUACACAAAUCCUGCUUAUUUUUUACCUAUAGACUUUACACAAGAGACUUUUUAUAUAACUGAUCAGGUGCCCAUCGGCGUCGUCGUACAUCAGUGCCAUAUUUACGUUUGGACUUUUCUUUAUGAAUGAAAUCUCCGCUGAGCUGCUCACGUCCAUGUAAAGACUGUUAUAUAGGUUUUAAUUUAAUUACACAUACACACUAUAUAUGAUGUAAUCGCCUCUAAGGCACACGCGUAUUGUAGGACAUUUUACAUCGAAGCACCACAACCGCCUGAUGUUUCAUCACGCCUGAGCCACACCGUCUUUUUCCAAAUCUCAUCUUCACCCUCAUCCGGUGAACAGAAUUCUGGGAUUUCUUUCUCCUCACUGCUGCUUCAAAUUCAUCCAUGAAGAAGAAGGGGACGAUGAAGGACGUUGCCUGCGUCAGCUCUCUCCUCCUGAACGGAUCACAGUCACGUUAUCACGUGCGUGUGUUGAACCUCAUGACAAGGUGUAGGAGCGAUUAGCGGCACGUGCCUCAUGACGUACACUAGGUGCAUAUUUACCAAAUAUUUAGAUUUUAUUUUUGAUAUUUGAGCGGCUGUGUAAACGUGAUCCUGUAAGUUAUUAGUCCUUAUCACAUCAGUGCUCUUUAUAUAUGCUUUGAAGAAGUCUGACCAAAACAGGAAGUCUGUCCUAGUUGCUUUGAAUUUGAAUUAUUUUUUAUAUUUAUUUGACGUUAUAUUUAUUCAUGUGGAAAUGUUUUAUGGUUUCAUUUGGGUUGAACUGCAUUAAAAGAUCUGUUACACCAAAUCAACUCGCAUUCAGUGAUGUUUCAUUCCAGGGCUUCUUUCAUGCAAGGACAAAUUUAUUCACAAGGUCCAGCUGCCCAGAAAAAUCGAACUGACUUCGCUAAAAAUGUGUUACAUUACUAGAGAGAGUAAAGGACAUUAUCCAUAAGCACAUCAUGUUCAUGACUUCAACACAAAGUCACAAGUCUUUGGCCACAGUUCCAGCUCUGAGCAGCGGCGUUCUGUCCUCACAGCAUGAGUUCAGUAAACUACAGUAUUCGAGUCUUGAGCUA